CCGCGCGCUCCGGGUUUUGAUUGGCUGGCACGGCUGUCGCUUGUUGAAUGGCGUGUCUUGGUUGGUCGCGUUGCUACCUGGGAGGGGUUAUGAACCGGAAGAAGUAGUGGAUGCUGCUGCUGGUCAGUAUGUAAAGCUGCAGUACCUGGUUACUGCUUAUAACAGUAUUAUUCUGUAACACUGAGUUAUGUUGGUUACUCACUGUGGGGCCCAGUGCAGGGGUUACUCAUAGAGUAAGGCUCUGUACCAGGCUUCCUCCUCACUGGUCAGUGUGUCUCCCAGGCAGUCAAUUACUCACGUGAAGCAGUCUAGAUGUCUCAUUAUACCUUAUAGAACAGGGGUAGACAACCUUUAGGACUCCACAUGUUAUGGACUACAUCAUCAAUGCUGCUUUGCCAGCAUUAUGGCUGUAAGAGCAUUAUGGGAGAUGUAGUCCACAACAUCUGGAGUGCUGGACUACAUAUCCCAUAAUGCUAUACAGCCACAAUGCUGGCAAAGCAUCAUAUGAGAUUAUAUCCCACAACAUCUGUAGUGCAGGACUACAUAUCCCAUAGUGCUGGCAAAGCAUCAUAUGAGAUAUAGUCCACAACAUCUGGAGCGCUGGACUAUAUUUCUUCGACAUCAAGUUCAGCCUUUCUCUUUGCAUGUCCAGGCUGUAUGUAAACUGAUGGCAGUUGUGAUAUUGGUUCUAUCAGUUUGCAGAUUGGUAGUGGUUAAUUGUACAGUAAUCUCUUCCUGGUUAGGACAUCUGCAGACAGAGCCACUUCAGAACACAGCAAAUGAAACAUCAAAGUUUUUUCACUUUGUACAAUGCAUUAAACACUAUGGUAUAAUUUUUCCCAUAUCGUUUUCCUGUCAACAUGCUAAUAUAUUAAACAAAAUUGCUCAGAUUCUGUUGCCAGAUUACAAUGUUAUUGAGAGGCACAUUAUUUCUGCUGUCUUGUGUUUGGAAUUUAUGAGCACCGAUAUGUAAUUAAGUAAUCAUUGAAGAUCUUGUGAUUAACUGAUUUGUUAUCAGGAGCUCAUGGAUUUCAAUGUAUGCUGUGUUAUAAAGAAAUUUGGAAAAAGUACAUAGUUACAUGAUAAAAAAAAAAAGUCCAUCUAGAUCUGCAUUUUAAACUUAUCUGUUUAUGCUGUUAGAGUCAGGCAUGUCAUAAAUAUAAGUGGAUUUAUGUAAAGAAUUGGAGACUAGGAAAAAGUCUAAUAGUUAAAGUAAGUGAAUUUAUUCGAUUAAGGCAGUUAUGGAGAAGCCUUGUAGCAAGGGUUAGGGUUAUGAGGGCACAUACAGGUUAUUCACGGAGUAGAGAGGCUUUGGUGGGUUGUAUUUGUUGAUUGCUCCAUACUCCGUAGGUGAGCACUAGUAUUUUAAAUUAAAUUGCAAAGGAAAUAGAAAGUCAGUAAGGAGCGCCAAAGAGGCACAGUGUGAUAGGAGAGAGGUAAGCAAAAUAAGUCUGGCAUUGUCCUUUAUUAUAAACUGCAAAAAAGAUAAUCUGGGUUUGACCAAUAAAGAAUAGGUGCUGUAAUCGAGGCUUAGAGUAAUCAAUGCAUAUACAAGAUCUCUGAAUACUUCUUAGGUUAUAAAUUGGACAAUAUGAGUACAUUGAAAGCAGCAAGAACUAUAGAUUUGUCAAAAGUGGUGAGUAAAAUAUAUAUCAGAGUCAAAAUAAACUCUCAGGUAGCAGGCUUGAAUGGUAGGAUUGAUGGUUAUACCAUUGAGCUGAAGGGUGAUUGACAGAUGUGAAUGUAUUUAUGGGAGGAAAAUCAAAUAGUUUGUUUUUAGAGAUAUUAAAUUUUAGGGAGGAUACAGUCAUCCAGUUAGAAUUGGUGACACAAACCAAGGGGGUGGGAAAAGAAAUCUGAGAAACAUAAGCCCUAAGUGUCUUCAGCAUAAACAACUGGAAUCAAAAUGCAGUUCGACUGUGAAAAGUGAAAACAGAGACUUGGGUGCCCCAAGGAACCAAGGAAGCUGUCACAUGGGAGAGAGCCAAGAAAUAGCAGUGGCAUAUGAAGAGCAGAAUUAAGAAUUGGAAGCAUUAGAAGCAAAAUCAAGAAGAAAAAAGCCAGUCACUUUGAUGGCCACUAGAGGUGCUUCCUAUUCAGUGCAUCACCUACGUUCAGCAUGGAGACGUUGAACGCUCCCAUAGAGAUGGAUUGAUUCAAUGCAUCUCUAUGAGAUGCUGAUUGGUGCCCAUAGUGUUUUUUUCCCAUGGGAAAGCAUUGGAUUGGCUACAGUCAUCGAGAUUGAUGAUCUCCGCAAUCGAUGUGGCAAGACUGUCACGUCAAGGGAGAAAUGGUAAGUUAAGCUACCUUUUAACACCACUCUGAAGGGGGCCGGCGAGUUAAAUAUUUAUUCCAGCAUUAUAGUAUUAGGAAUGCAUGUUCCUAUUCCUAGCACUGGAGUGUUCCUUUACAUUUGAAAUUCACUGAAUUCUGAGCAAGUUUAUCUUUAGCAAUUAAACAUGUUAAUUUUAUUAGCAAUCAAAUAAUUUGCCACUUUAGCUAGAACUGUUUCAUUAGAGUACCGAAAACAGAUUGAAGUGGGUCAAGUAAAGAGAUACCACUGAGUAAGAUAGCAAGAAGCAUGUAAGAGAAAGCGCCUAAGGAAAUAGGACAACUGUUGGACUGAGAAUUUGGGUCAAGAGAGGGAUUUUUAGGAUUGGGUGCUCAUUGCAUAUUUAUGGAAAUGCUAUAAGAAGAACAAAGAUUUUAGUUGGGGUUGAAAGAGUGAAUGUUAGAGAUUGAGGUAAACGUAAGGUCGUAGGAACAAGUGGACAAGUAAAGCAACUUGGGUUUUCUGUCUUACUUUAUCAUUAUUUUCUGUAAAAACAAACUAUCACUUCUUAUUCAUGCACCCCAAUAAACACUAUUGCAGCAUUUCCUGGGAUGAAUACAGCAGUUGAGGUAAGUAAAAACGUACCCCUGAGUCCCUCAUUCCAGGUGACUAGAGUCAUCCCAUAAUGCAUCGGGGUCUUUCAUGCAGCACACCUGGACAUCAAUGAAUAAAUUCUGUGCGAUUUUAUUUUUCCAGCACAUUGAUGAAGCAUGACAAUCAAAAUUAAUCUAUUAAGAAUUAAAAACUAAAAAAAAAAAGUAGCACAACCAAGUGCUUUCUUUAAUUGGCUCUUUCGUUAUGCUAACUUUACAGAAGUGGCAGUUCUAUGUAAAGGAUGUUGUAAAUUUGAUCACAGUGAUGAGUGUUAUAAAAAGCAUUUUAUUUGAUUUUGAUUACAUCUUCACUAGAUUUAUGGGUUGUAAAAUAUAUACGAAUAUAUCAAAAGGGUAUUGCUAAGGUGAUACAAACAUUCUGUUUAUGGAAGAUAAGUCCAGUGAUAUUACUAGCUCAGUGAAAAAAAAUAGUUUUAUUAAUAUUAGCUAUCUAGAAAACCAAUAUCAUAUUCAAUAUAACACCAUGUGACUGAAGAAUUUAACAAAUAAUGUAAUCAAUCAUGACUAUACUUUAAAGGGACACUAUAGCCACUAGAACCACUACAGCUAAAUGUAGAGGUUCUGGGCCAUAGAAGCUAUCCCUGCAGCUACAGCUCUUCUCUCAGAAACAAUACUGUUUACACUGCUGCCUAACGCCACUUCUACACAUCUGAAAGCUAUAGAGGUACUUCCUGGGUUUGGUCCUGCAAAGAUUGCAGGGUCAAUAAUCAGUGUCUCUAGAUCUUGCAUGGGGAUCAUGAGAGCUCCCCAAAGAGUUUCAUUGGCUCAGUGCAUCUCUCGGAGGAGAUGCUGAUUGGCGCAGUUUCACAAUUUAUCAUGCAUGUGCAUUAGCCUUCCAAUUCUUCCCUAUGGGGAAGCAUUGACUUGGCUGCGAUCAUCAGGAUUGAUGAUCUUAGCUGGAAGGUGAGGCAUCCAUGGCGAGACUGGUGUGCUGGGGGAGUAUUGGUGAAUCCCUCUUUUUUCCCUCUCAAAUACUUGAUAAUCCAAACAGGUAGGUUAACACUUCAGCUUUAGGAAUAUAUGUUUGUAUUUCUAGUGCUAUGAUGUUCCUUAAAAAAAAAAAUAAAAAAAAAUAGGUAAACACUUUUAAAAUAAGUCUAAUUGUAAUAUUUGUGCAAGUUUUUAAAGUUACUUGUAGCUCACUUACAUUGUACAUGGUGGUAUGAAAAAGUAAAAAAUUACUGUAAAACACGAUAAUACAACAUCAUUAUUUAAAAAAUUGCCUGAUAAGAAAGUAGUUGAAAAAAAUUACUUCAAAUGUCAUAACAUAGGUCUGUUAUUAAAUAGACAAAAUGUGCAUUUUUGUAGCAACUGUUUACCAUAUAUGUUGAGCAUUAUGACUAUUCCAUUCUGAUAUAAUAUAUAUAUUUUUGUAUUUUGGGGCAGAUCCAUUUUGGUUACCACUAUGAUGAUACACGGAUUUAAGAGUAGCAAUCAAGAUUUCAAUUUUGGGCCAUGGAAGGUGACAGCGACCAAGACCCAUAUAAUGAAGUCAGCUGACGUGGAGCAACUAGCUGAAGAAAUGCAUAUGCCAUGCCUCCCAGAAAUGAUGUUUGGUGCGAAUGUGUUGAGAAUUCAGCACUCUUCUGGCUUUGGGAUUGAGUUUAACGCUAAAGAUGCUCUAAAAAGGGUGAACAAAUAUCAGGGAGCUGUUCAAGUAGCUUGUGCUGAAGAGUGGCAGGAGAGUAGGUCGGACAGUGAGCAUAGCAAGGAGGUGGUGAAGCCAUAUGACUGGACGUACACAACAGAUUACAAGGGAACGUUUCUUGGUGACAGCCUGGUAUUUAAUGUUGUCCCAACGACAGAACGAAUAAACAUUGAGAAACUGAAGACAAGAGAGCAGAUCAUGUUCUUUGAGGAGGUUCUACUAUUUGAAGACGAGCUUCAUGAUCACGGAGUGUCCAGUCUCAGUGUCAAAAUAAGAGUGAUGCCUUCCAGUUUUUUUCUUCUUCUUCGGUUCUUCUUGAGGGUCGAUGGGGUGCUCAUUCGCAUGCAUGAUACUCGGCUGUAUCACGAGGCAGAUAAGUCAUUUAUGCUGCGCGAGUACACCUCUAGAGAAAGUCAAAUAUCCAACCUGAGUCACGUUCCUCCCCCUCUCUACACUGAGCCCAAUGAGAUCUCUCAGUAUUUACCAGUUACGCAGUCAGUUUGUGAAAAGCUGGAGUUCCCAAUACUAGCUGAGGCUGAAGUUGCAGCACCUACAGUACCAACUAGUGUACCAGAGCCUUAAAUUGUAGAUUGGAUGCAAAAUGUUCUUUCAGCAGCAGAUCAAUUGAACUCACAGUCACCUGAUCAUUUUAUUGUGGGGAAACCAUGUUUUCUGUAACCACUGAAACACAGAAUUAAGUCCACCAGAGUUUGCAGACCCAUUGUAAGGAUGCCCAUAUUCUUGAAGCAAUAAUCUGCAGGAUGUUUCCAGAUUUGGAAUGAGAUACUAUUUUGAUUCCUUGAAAUUAUACACUUCUCUAAUAUUCUGUAUGAUGGUUUGCUCAAUAGAGUAUGAUAUUAUGUAAUGGACGGGAACUAAGCUGCACUGAGACAAAGAACGUUUCACUUUUACACAAGAUUUGAGUGUCUAUUCCAGAACAGCAGUCCCUACACCAGGUGUCAUGCACCCCAAAAGUUCCAAGUUUUGACAAUUUCCUAAUUCUGUUCCAUUGGAGCUAAAACAUAUACAUAAAUAUCUCCCUGCUUGUAAAUAUAUGAAGGCUUAUUUGGGAACCACAUGUCUACAUAGUGCUACUGAAAACUAGUACUUGCUCACAUGGGUUAGUGAACCUGAUAGUUUACUGGGAAUCUUUUUGUUAAGCCGGAACUUUUUGCUGUUUGUGAUGGACAUUAAAAAAAUAUUGCAAAGGUGAUUUACAUGUCUCUUGCUAAACCAUUAAUGUACUGUAUUCGAAACCCACACUUUCUCACUUAACCGUAAGUUCUAUAAGUAAAAUAUUCUGGCGGAAAAAACAAUUAAUAAAAACAGAAACAUUAUUCUGCUUGAUCGUGUGCAAGACAUUUUAUUUUCUUACAUAUACAGCAUUUGUAAGUAAGCAUGGAAAUCUGUUUCAUGGUUAUGUGUAAUUAUAGUCCUAUUAAAUGAACUCACUAACGUUAGUAAUUCAAACAUGUAUUCACACCUACAUGUAUACAUGUAGGUGUGAUUUAAAUUAAGGCUCUCUGCUUAAAAAAACUAAAAUAAGAAGUUUUACUUAUCUUUACUCCUCCCUGGAUGAAAUGGUCACUACUGAUGAUCUCAGCCAAUCCAACAGUUCCUCAUAGAAAAGCAUUGGUGUGCUAGUGCGGAUGAGUUAUUACAGUCAGCAUCUACUCAUAGAUAUUCUUUGACUCUAUGCAUCUCUAUGGUGUGCAUUUGGUGUCUCCAUGCACAGCGGAGGUGCCAAGCGUUGGUCCUGCGAAGAUUUCAUGGCCGCAAGCAGGAAGUCCCUGUAGUGGCUGUCUAAAUGACAGCCACUAAUGGUGGAAUUAGGUAUCUAUGUAAACACUGCCUUUUCUUAUAAAAAGUUUACACUACAGGCACAUUCUCUUUGUCACCAAACUACUUAGUUAUAGUGGUUGUGGUGCUUAGUGUCUCUUAAAUAAUUAACUGCAGAAAUAUAACUGCACUACUCUCACCCACUUAAAAAAAAAAAAAAUGAAAAAAUAGAAAACCAAACCUCAGGGGCAAUAUUUACAUUCUCUAACAGAACACAGAAAAGCUAAUUGCCUGAGUAAAAACAAAGAAAACAUAUUCUGUUUUAGCCUUUAGGAGUGUACGGAAUUGAAUGUUUCACAUAGCAUAACUUCUUUAAAUUGUUGUUAUACACAGAUUUUUUUUUAUUUUUAAAUGAAACCCUUGGCAACACACAGAUUUAGCUUAAUGAAACAAUUGUGUUGUAUAUAUCUUACCCUUAGAGUCUCACUGUUCAAUUCUUUGCUAUUUAGGAGUUUUAUAGCAUUGUUUAUUUAUCACUAGACAUGCCUCAUUUGGCAGUGAUUCACACAGCCUCCAUGUAGUAAUGGAUUGAUCUUCAAUAGGAAAGUACUGCACUGUGUAUUUACAUUAGAAGUACUCAACUUGUGUGUUUCGUUUACUGAAUUUUAUGACACAUAGGAAAACACUGUAGGCUCUAGCAGCCAAUUAAUAGAGCAAGAGACAAGAAAGUCUAAAUUAAACACACUGUGCAAAAAGGGAAGCUAAAAAAUGAAGGUUCAUUUUCAGGAAGUGUGCAGGGAAACUGUUUUGGGCACAAGAAGAAGAGUCUGGCUAGGGCUGCAAAAACAAGGUGCUCUAGCUUCUAAAUGCUAGAUAAAUGAGCAGUUAGACUGUAGGAACCUGAUCUAUACACCAAAACAAAUUUUUUAAACUGUAAGUGUUUUGGUUCUUCGAUUGUCUGGGGUGGCAAACCUUUGGCUUUAAGAGCAUUAUGGGAGAUGUAGUCCAAACCAUCUGGAGGGCUGAAGGUUCCCCACCCCUGCUUUACAGCAUUAGAAAGUAACAGGCGGUACUAAUGUCCUUCACAACUACGAGAUAUGCUUUAAAAUCGCAUUGAUUAUUGCUCCACUGUGCAUAUCUUGCACUUUUACCUAAGCAGGGUCAAGUGUAUAGAAGGGGAUGGGCCAAGAACAAGUGUGUGUAUAACAUUAGUGUAACACUCUUUGAUCUCAUGUAACUGUGACGCCAUCAGCUCUGGACUCUUGAGUAUUUUACUUAAUAAUUGAGAUAUCUAAUAUUUCAUUUACCUGUUUCAUAAAUUAUAUGUUAUUGCAUAAAAGUUUUGGUUUAUUUUGUCGUUAAAGUAAAUCUUUCUUGACAAAUUCAUUUUAAAUCAAGAGUUGAUGGCUAUAUUUUGAAUUAAUUUAUUUUUAGCAGAGGAAAAAAAUCACACCUACAGAGUUCCGAUUAGCCAAAAUAGCCACACAUCGUUUUGGUCAGGAAUUCAAAGUGAUUUUCAGGUUGAAGGCCAAAAUAGAUAAUUUGUCAGCAGAAUGUUUUUAUGUAGGAUCAGCUGUGGACAGAGCAGCACUUCACGGGAUGCCAGUUAAGUUAACUCUUGAGGAGUAACUUUUUACUCUUGUGGGGAGACACUAUAGCGAUUUGUAUUCCUAACUCUGUAGUGUUUCUUUAACAGAGCUGGAGAUAAAGUCUAAUUAAAGACAAUGGCAAUAAAUGAAGAAAAACACUAGAUCUCUUUUUGCAGGAAGUGUGUAGCGAGACUAUGAAAGUGACAGACAGAGGAAGUGUAUCCAAGACUGCAUAUAUAUUUUUUUUGUAAAUUUAUAAAAGUACCAAUUUGUAAUGAAAUCUGCAGUGGUUUCCAAGUACCGCAUAACAGUCCAGGAUUUAGGAAUUACCCAGUUGUGUCUAAUGUGUUUUUAGAAAGAAAAAUAAUAAAACCUUUGACACAACAGGGUAAUCCCUAAAUCCUGUACUGGUACUUGAGGACUGGGUUGGGAACCCCUGGUCUGAAGUUUCGCUUAAAGAAGACUAAGCACAGAUAGAGUACGUUCAUACUUUUUUUUUUUUUUAAAUCCAAUAAGGUAACUUCGGAUUUAAUUUAAUACACUUUCUAAAUGAUUCAAUACGGAGGGAAAAAGUUGCCAAAAGCAGUCCUACCAACAGUCCUGCUUUUGUCUGGAUAGUCCUAAUUUCGGGAUCCAGUCCCGCGUUACUUCCCUGGUGUCAUGUAUCUGGGGACAUUAGGGAACUGGCCCAGGGCAGCACAGCGAAAGCGCAUUAUUAUUUGUGCUCGCGCUGUGCAAGACAUUCGAAAUGUGCAGGGCGCGUUUGGUCACCUGUCCUUGCAUGGUCCUGAAAAGUAGUGGCGGACCAGACAACCUGAGAGUAGCAGGCCCUCUCUUUUUUGGGGCCUUGCCUGUGAAUGGGGUUGCGUCAAUAGCAAUGGACCCGCCAGCAGUCCCAAUUCCAUGUAAGGUUAUCUACAAAAAAGUAUUUAUACUUUAGUGGCUACUUCUGUAGAUAAAUCAUUUAUAAAGGGUUUUCUACAAUGUUUAAUUAUUUGUAAAGUGUAUUAAAUCAGAGCCUUAGUCAGGCAUAGUGAAAACCAAGCAUUGUAAAAUUCUUCCUUAUGAAAUCAACAAUAAAACAUUUCCCAUAAAUAUCACUUUUCAGGAAGAUAUUUAAAUAUAAAAUGUGUUGUCAGUGCACUACUAUGUGUUCAAAUAAACCUUAUUUAUUUAUGUUGAUGCUAUAAACCCAGAUCUCUGGGCUGAAGUUUUGUAUUCGUUUUUGUUUUUUAAUACAUAAGCUUAUAUUAUCGGCAGAGUUAGACAUGAUAGAAUCUUACAGGACUUAACAUAUCAUACAUUUGUAUAUUUUAUUUUUGUAAGUAAAUAUAUAUGUGGUGUAACCCCAGCAAACGCACUACGAAUUAAACUUUUUUCUAGAUCAGCUAUUUUAGCUUUCAUUAUGCCACUUUGAGUUUUAUUGUUACAAUUAAGUUUAGUAACGAACACUGUGAGUGAUUUCAAAACAUGUGGAUGUUUCAGAUGUAUAUUACUGCUCUCAAUAAACGUUUCCUAUUCCAAAGA